AUGUAUCUAGUCGAAAAAAUUCAUGAGCAAAUAGUAGACAGUAAGAGGGGCCCACCACAAGUGGUACUAUCCGAUUCUGAGUCAAUGCUCAGUGACUAUGAGUUGGUGAUCACAAAGGAGCCCAGUGUCAAGCCUCAGGUUGACUCACCUUUGAGGCCUUGGCGUACCAAGUGUUUCAACACUGGAAAAGUUGGAUCAGCCUCUCAGUUAAGGAAGGUUGGGGAUGCUGUGAUCGAUGCUCCAGCAAGACGCACUGGUAAGGGACAACAGUUUGUUAUACCUGAUGGAGAGCCAGAGAACAUCAUAGCACCAUCUCCAGUGAAAAAGAGAACUUGCAUGAAGGGUAGUAAAGCAGCUGUACCGGCGGUUAGGAUACCAGAUCCAUCCGAUGAUACAGAGAAUGGUGGAAGGUUCAGGUUACAGAAGAACCCCAUUCCUCCAGGUUACGUCAGUUUGCAGCCAUUGGGGUUGGAGGAGCAUCCUGGGUGUCCGUAUGCAACUGCACGGGUAUGGGUAACCCGCACGGGUCACAGCGCAUGUAGACUCGGCUCUGGAUGGGGAGUCGCAUUCCAUGUUGAUCCUCCUUCGAGCUUGAGCCAUGCUCCUGCCAGUGUAUCUGUAACCCGCGGGUACACCCUUGAUGGGUUGUACCCUGGGUCCUUACUUCGCUACCAACUGUGCAACCCAUACCCUUGCUGUGGGUGUGGGUUUACCUCAGGGUGCAGGUGUCCAAAAUCUUAUAUUCAGCAGGACCAGCCAAAAACAAUCCACCUGGUGUCGGUUGUUAAGAUGGGAGUGAAGUGGGCCGCUUCUAGAGGCUACUGA